AUGUCAGCAUCGAAUUUUGGAAAGGACGAUGAGUAUGAUUACCUCUUCAAGAUUGUUUUAAUUGGUGAUUCCGGUGUAGGAAAGUCCAAUCUAUUGUCCCGUUUCACUAGAAAUGAAUUCAAUCUCGAAUCAAAAUCAACAAUAGGUGUCGAGUUUGCUACACGUACCAUUCAAACCGAUGGUAAAACAAUCAAAGCACAAAUCUGGGAUACUGCUGGACAAGAAAGAUAUAGAGCAAUUACCUCUGCAUAUUACAGAGGAGCCGUUGGCGCAUUGCUUGUUUAUGACAUUGCAAAAAGAGUAACAUUUGAAAAUGUGGAAAGAUGGUUGAAAGAAUUGAGAGACCAUGCCGUUCCAAAUAUUGUAGUAAUGCUAGUUGGAAAUAAGAGCGAUUUGCGUCACUUGAGAGCUGUUACAACUGAAGAAGCAAAAGCUUUCGCCGAAAAGAACUCAUUGUCUUUUAUUGAAACAUCUGCAUUGGACUCUACAAACGUAGAACUCGCUUUCUUGACAAUUUUGAAAGAAAUUUAUAAGUUUUGUUCUGUAAAGCCAGUAGGUACUAGUACUGUUCCAACACCUGGCGAAGGACUUGGUCAACCUCGAGGCGAAGUUGUCAAACCAAUCAAUCCUGCAGAAGACGAAGAAAAACCAAAACCAAGUGGAGGUUGUCAAUGCUGA